AUGAGUGCAGCUUUCCAGCCGUCGCUCAUGAUGAUGCCGCGCCCUCUGGGAAGCAGCACUGCCUUCAGCAUAGACUCUCUCAUCGGCAGCCCGCCCCAGCCCAGCCCGGGCCACUUCGUCUACACGGGCUACCCCAUGUUCAUGCCCUACAGGCCGGUGGUCCUGCCGCCGCCCCCGCCGCCGCCGCCAGCCCUGCCCCAGCCGGCCCUGCCGCCCUCGCACCCCCACCCCCACCCGAUCCCCAGCCUCCCCACCAGCUUCUGCUCCAGCCUGGCGCAGGGCAUGGCGCUCACCUCCACGCUCAUGGCCACCCUGCCGGGCACCUUCUCGACCUCCCCGCAGCACCAGGAGGCGGCCCGGAAGUAUGCCCCACAAGCUCUCCAGGGCAGCUUCGACAAGGCGGAUGGCGUCCAGGCGGAGGCCGAAGACGGCAAGGCAUUCCUGGCCAAGGAGGGCUCGCUGCUGGCCUUCUCUGCCUCCGAAGUCGUGCAGGCUUCCCUCGGGGCCGUCCGAGGAACGACGGGCAAAGAGGACUCCAAAGCGGAAGAGGAGGCGGCCAAAGGCAAAGAGGAAAGUUUCUCCAUGGACAGCGACCUUGACUACAGCUCCGACGACAAUCUGCCCGGCCCGGCGGCCCACAAAGAGGACGACUCCGGCGCCGUCCUGGAAGAGAACGGUCAGGGCUCGGCGAACCCCAACAGCACCACCUCGACCGGGAAGAACCGGCGGCGGCGAACGGCCUUCACCAGCGAGCAGUUGCUGGAGCUGGAAAAGGAGUUCCACUGCAAGAAAUACCUUUCCCUGACGGAGCGCUCCCAGAUCGCGCACGCCCUCAAACUCAGCGAAGUGCAGGUCAAAAUCUGGUUCCAGAACAGGCGGGCCAAGUGGAAACGGGUGAAAGCGGGCAACGCCAACUCCAAGACCGGGGAGCCCUCCCGGAACCCCAAGAUCGUGGUGCCGAUCCCCGUCCACGUCAGCAGGUUCGCCAUCAGGAGUCAACACCAGCAGCUGGAACAGGCGAGGCCUUGAGCCGGGGAGAGAGAGAGGAAUGCCGCUUUCUUCCUCGCCCCCACCCCACCCCUUUCCCCGUUUGGAGCAAAACAAACACACAAGCCCCCCUCCUCCUCCGACAACCCGGGGCUCCAUCGCGUCGCCUCUCUCUCCCAGGCGCUCGCAAACUGAAGCCGAACUUCCCAGCUAGCCAGAAUGUGUUCGUAACCAUCAGCCCGAAAACGUGCGUCGUUCCUGUUGCAGGGCGGGAGUAGAAAAGACGGUUUUGCCUAUUUAUGAGACUCUCCGAACUUGGCCUGUGCAGCGCUGGCUCCCAGCGACGGAUAUGUGGACUGGGCCAGGACCGAAGGGUCGGGGAGGCGGGGGCCUGAAGUCUUACAUUCCGCGAGUCCAACUAACACUCCAGAACUGCGGCCCCAUUCAACCGCCAUCCCGCCUUUGCGGGGGGGCGGCGGCUCUCUCCUCCCCCCGUAUCUUUUGAGAGAGAAAAGAAGAAAACGACCAGUUUAAUUUUUGCUGCUGUUCCUUAUUUUCUUCCUCCCGUCCCACUGUCUUUUUUGUGUUUUUUGGGUGGUGGUGGUGGAAGGCCGAGUGGAGAAGACAUUCUUCAGGUGGAUUCCCGCCCCUCCCAUCUUGUUU